AUGACAUCUAUUAUCAAAUUAACUACCCUCUCUGGGGUUCAAGAAGAAUCUGCUCUUUGUUAUCUUCUCCAAGUGGAUGAAUUUAGAUUUUUAUUGGAUUGUGGCUGGGAUGAGCACUUUUCUAUGGAUAUUAUCGAUUCCCUGAGGAAGCACGUCCACCAGAUUGAUGCGGUGCUGUUGUCUCACCCCGAUCCUCUCCACCUCGGAGCCCUCCCGUACGCUGUCGGGAAGUUGGGUCUGAACUGCGCUAUCUACGCGACCAUUCCUGUUUAUAAAAUGGGACAGAUGUUCAUGUAUGAUCUUUACCAGUCUCGACAUAAUACAGAAGAUUUCACUCUAUUUACAUUAGAUGACGUGGAUGCAGCCUUUGAUAAAAUACAGCAGUUGAAAUUCUCUCAGAUUGUGAAUUUGAAAGGUAAAGGACAUGGCUUGUCUAUCACACCUCUGCCGGCUGGUCAUAUGAUCGGUGGGACCAUAUGGAAAAUAGUCAAAGAUGGAGAAGAAGAAAUUGUUUAUGCAGUUGACUUCAACCACAAGAGGGAGAUCCACUUAAAUGGAUGUUCCCUGGAAAUGCUAAGCAGACCCUCCCUACUUAUCACAGAUUCAUUUAAUGCUACAUAUGUGCAGCCGAGGAGAAAACAGAGAGAUGAGCAACUGCUGACAAAUGUCCUGGAGACACUUCGUGGGGAUGGCAACGUGCUGAUAGCGGUGGACACUGCAGGCAGAGUUCUGGAACUUGCGCAGCUCCUCGACCAGAUCUGGCGAACUAAAGAUGCAGGCCUGGGUGUCUACUCCCUGGCCCUCCUGAACAACGUCAGCUACAAUGUGGUGGAGUUUUCUAAGUCCCAGGUAGAAUGGAUGAGUGACAAAUUGAUGAGAUGUUUUGAAGACAAAAGAAAUAACCCGUUUCAGUUCCGCCAUCUCUCUCUAUGCCAUGGUCUUUCUGACUUGGCUCGAGUACCCAGUCCUAAAGUGGUACUUGCCAGCCAGCCCGACCUGGAAUGUGGAUUUUCAAGGGAUCUCUUUAUUCAGUGGUGUGAGGACCCUAAAAACUCCAUCAUUCUAACUUACAGAACUACUCCUGGGACUUUAGCACGCUUCUUAAUUGAUAACCCUGCUGAAAAAGUUACAGAAAUAGAGUUGAGGAAACGGGUAAAGCUUGAAGGGAAAGAACUUGAAGAAUACUUGGAGAGAGAGAAGCUAAAGAAAGAAGCUGCUAAAAAACUUGAGCAGUCAAAAGAGGUUGACAUAGAUUCCAGCGAUGAAAGUGAUGUUGAGGAAGACAUUGACCAGCCUACGGCUCAUAAAACUAAGCACGACCUGAUGAUGAAAGGUGAAGGCAGUCGGAAAGGAAGUUUCUUCAAGCAGGCCAAGAAGUCUUAUCCCAUGUUCCCUGCCCCAGAAGAAAGAAUUAAAUGGGAUGAAUAUGGAGAAAUUAUCAAACCAGAGGAUUUCUUGGUGCCAGAACUUCAAGCCACUGAAGAAGAAAAAAGCAAAUUAGAAUCUGGCUUGACAAAUGGAGAUGAACCAAUGGAUCAGGAUUUAUCUGAUGUUCCUACCAAGUGUAUUUCUAUGACAGAAUCCAUUGAAAUAAAAGCCAGGGUUACUUACAUAGACUAUGAAGGACGCUCCGAUGGGGAUUCCAUUAAAAAGAUCAUCAAUCAGAUGAAACCCCGACAGUUGAUCAUUGUCCAUGGGCCGCCAGAGGCCAGUCAGGAUCUUGCAGAGUGCUGCCGUGCGUUCGGUGGGAAAGAUAUUAAAGUGUACAUGCCGAAGCUGCACGAGACUGUGGACGCCACCAGCGAGACCCACAUCUACCAGGUGAGAUUAAAAGACUCACUGGUGAGCUCCCUUCAGUUUUGUAAGGCCAAAGACGCAGAACUGGCUUGGAUAGAUGGUGUCUUAGACAUGAGAGUUUCCAAAGUGGACACAGGAGUUAUUUUAGAAGAAGGAGAACUGAAGGAUGAUGGAGAGGACUCAGAAAUGCAAGUGGAGGCACCUUCCGAUGCUAGCGUCAUCGCCCAACAAAAGGCCAUGAAGAGUCUGUUUGGAGAUGAUGAGAAAGAAACAGGUGAAGAAAGUGAGGUCAUCCCAACUUUGGAACCCUUGCCACCUAAUGAGGUUCCUGGACACCAGUCAGUCUUCAUGAACGAGCCCAGACUGUCCGACUUCAAGCAAGUUCUCUUACGGGAGGGGAUCCAAGCUGAAUUUGUAGGAGGUGUCCUUGUUUGCAACAAUCAAGUGGCAGUUCGUAGAACGGAAACUGGACGCAUCGGAUUAGAAGGCUGCCUUUGUCAAGAUUUUUAUAGGAUAAGAGACCUUUUAUAUGAACAGUAUGCCAUUGUGUAA